CUUCCUAUUUCUGAGCCAGCCCGGGUUUCGUCUCUGCUCGAGUCUCCUCCACGCUGCUCAAAAUGCUGCUUUUCUCAGUUAAACACAGAGUUGAUUCAAAGGCCAAGCAAUGGGGAGCCGUCCCCUUUUGCUUUAUUUUCUGAGAUGCAGGGAGCAUCUCUCUGUGCUUUGAGAUGCUGCCUGCAGAAUGGGGAUGAUGGAAGAUGCCUCAGACACGUUCUCAGCAAAGAGUCGCAAACUCCCUACAUGGAGUGGGAGGAGGGUGUUUGAUCCCCUCUGUCCUCAGAGGGGCCAGCCCACAGGUCUUUUCUGGAACUAUGGAUAUCUUCUCAGUUUCUGGCCAGGUCAUUUGUGUUUGACUUGGAGCAUCACUGGCUGAAAAUCAUCAUAAAGGUCGCCAGGCAUCCUGGACCACCCAGAUGAUGCAGGAUGGAGGUGCCAGAACUCACUCGCCCUGCCUUGCCUGCCAGAGACCAGCCAGCUCCUGCUCCUGGACGCCCAGGAGCCCUAGGUGGGCAGGUGUCACCUCACCUGACCCUGGGCCCUGUCAUUCUGCCACCAGAGCAGGGUCUGGCCACUACCGUGUUCCUGAAGGCCCUGCCCAUCCCAUUGUACCACACAGUGCCUCCGGGGGGCCUCCAGCCACGUGCCCCCCUUGUGACGUGCAACCUGGAUGGGGGCGGCGUACCCUUUAUUCUUAGCCCCCUGCUGCGGCCUGAAGGGCCGGGCCCUACCCAGGUGGGGAAGCCAGCAGCCCCGGCACUCACCGUGAACAUUGUGGGCACUCUGCCUGUCCUGUCGCCAGGCCUGGGACCCAUGCUGGGGAGCCCUGGCAAGGUACGGAAUGCCGGCAAGUACCUUUGCCCACACUGUGGCCGGGAUUGCCUGAAGCCCAGUGUUCUGGAGAAGCACAUCCGAUCCCACACGGGUGAGAGGCCCUUCCCGUGUGCCACCUGUGGCAUUGCCUUUAAGACCCAGAGCAACCUGUAUAAGCACAGACGCACCCAGACCCACCUCAACCACUCUCGGCUUUCCUCGGAGUCUGAUGCAGGUGGGGGCAGCCUCCUGGAGGAGGGGGACAAGGCUGGAGAGAGCUCCAGAGCAGAUGGCAUGGGGGACAGCAACAACCAGAGGGUGGGUGGUGGGGCCCGAUCGGAGAGACCCCUUUCUCCAGGCACCCGGGGUCCUGGGCACUGCCCAGCGCCAGCCAUGCACCUGUCUUCUGUUGCCAAGACCCUGGGUCUGAAGUUAGAAGCUGUUCCCUGUCCAGGGUCCACAUUUGCUGACAGAGAGACCCCCGUGGACUCUGCCCACACGGCCUCCCCUGGGCUUGCCCUGGCUGGCUCCCAGCCGAGGUGGAAGCUGCCAGAGCAGACGUCCCCGACUGCUGGCCGGCCGUGCUCCCUGCAGCAGCAGCAGGUGGCCACGUCCUCAGAGAAGCCCUGGGAUGCCAAGGCCUUGGAGGGCCGGCUGCGGAAGUGUGAGAGCACUGACUCGGGCUACCUGUCCCGCUCCGACAGCGCAGAGCAGCCUCCAGCCCCCGGCAGCCCCCUGCACAGCCUGUCUGAGCACAGCGCCGAAUCUGAGGGGGAGGUGGCCCUAGGGCCCGGGGGGCCCGGCCUCCAGCUGGAGAAGAAGCAUCUGGAGGAGCGCAUCGCCUGGCUUAUCUCCCACAAUCAGGCUGUGGUGGACGAUUCCCAGCUGGACAAUGUGCGGCCCCGCAAGACGGUCCUGUGCAAGCAAGGCAGCAUCGACCUGCCCAUGCCCUAUACCUACAAGGACUCCUUCCACUUUGACAUCCGGGCUCUGCAGCCCGGCCGGAGGAAGCCUGCUGCCCUUAGCUCGGCCCGUUCCACCUUCACCCCCCCAGACAAGGCACGGCCACUCUUUUUUCACUCCGUCCCCACUCAGCUCUCUACCACUGUGGCAUGCGUGCCCAUCACCAGGAGCAACUCACUGCCCUUUGUCGAGGGCACCAGGACAUGGCAGGAACCCCCGGACCCCCAGGUUGCCUGCCCCAGGAGGCAGAAGCCUCUGAGCCCCAGGCCUGCCCCUGCCCGACUGAUAGAUGUCCCCAGCAGCCACCCCCGGGCCCUGGUCAGACAGGCUGCAGUGGAGGACCUGCCAUGUCCCCCCACUGGAGACAGCCUGACCCCCGCAGAGGACCCGGAUGGAAGCACAGCUGCUGCUGGGGAGGGGGCAGCCAUCAAGGGCAGAGCAGCCAGUAAGAAGUGCAGCCAGAGGGAGCUGAAGAUGUUCUCCCAGGACAAGUGGCAGGUGUAUGGGAAUGAGACAUUCAAGAGAAUCUACCAGAAAAUGAAAAGCAGUUGCCAUGGAGGCAAGAAGGCAAAGGAGGUGACCGUGGGUAGUGGGACAGAGCUGGAUCUUCCUCUCCAGGAAGAGUUAGCAGGGAAUGAAGGCACAGUCCUGUCCCAGGAUGGGAGGACCCCUGUCCAUGGGGACACAUCUGUGGGGGCCAAGCCAGGGCCUUGCAGAAGCCCACUGGCCCCGGAGGGCUUCUUGGGGAUGGAGUCCCCCAAGCAGAGGGAGAUGGUGGCCAGAGCAGGAGGCAGUGACCAGCCCGGGGUGAACAGGGCCACUUCACCCCCCACCCUCAGCUGCAGAGAACCCCCCUGCUCUGGUGGCAAGAGCCCCCAGCUUUCUCCAAAUGGGAGGCUGAAGCCGGGGUGUCAACUGCCCCCAUCACCUGGUCCCCUAAAGGGAGGUGAACUAAAGGCUCCCAAGCUGGUUUUGUCAGACCCUAAGCUGGAAGGAGGCACCCGUGGUGGUGGGGACAAGAAGGAGACCUGUCAGUGGACCCAAACUGUGGCGAGACGGCCCAGUGGUGGCUCUGCGGAGCCCCAGCCCUCAGAGGACAAGCUUCCCUCAGAGAGAAAGAAGCUGAAGGUGGAGAAACUGAGCUGCCAGGAACAAUCAGAGCCUCUGGAAACAGAAAGAGAGGUCCCAGGCGGCCCCGUGCAGGCCACGUCCUCGACAUCUCAGAACCAGGACGGUGACCCUGGGGAUAAGCCAGGGGGGCUGCGUGAGAGUGCUGAUGGUGUGGUGAUGGGCAGGGCUGGGCAGCCGGGCAAGCCCUCGGGGCUUUCUGGCGCCACCUGUACUGCUCCUUCUGUGGCCCCAAGGCAGGUGGGGCUGAGGGAAGAGAGCUUGCCCUGUCCUGCAGCCGUGUCCCUUGGGCAUCAGUCCCACCUGGCCACUCAGGCCCCCAGUGUCCUCGCUGCCCUGGCAGACACUGCCUUCCCUCCCAAGUACCUCCUCAGGUUGCCUCAGGGAGAGACCUGCCCACCACUUCCCGGCCCCCCGGGGCCCGGACAAGGCCAGGACACUCUCUGCAGGAGACGGUGGCCUGAGGAAUGGGCAUCCUUUGUUGGGGCAGGGCCAGGGACCCUUCUGGCUCCCUGCCUGGCCUCAGGCUCGGCCCCCAGUGGGACAGACAGCUUCGAGGAGGACCCCGGCUGCUCUAGGCCGUGGCGCAGGAGAAAAGGGGUGCAGGGAGAGGAGAAAAGAGACUUGGACACUGGCACCCCAGCAGUGGGGCCGUCCCCUGGCUCAUCCACCGGUGCCCCCAGGGAGACAGCCUCCUUCCUGCCCACCCCAGCAUGUGCCACCUGGAAGACUGGGCCCCCUGACACCCAGCACCUCUGCACGGGCAGCUCUGUGGUGGGGACCAGGCCAUCUGGGGGUGUCCCGAGUCCCUGUGCACUCAGCAGGGAGUUAGGGGGACCUCCUGAGAAUGCCCUGGAAGACCCCUCCUUGGGGCCUCUGGCUGGGCUCAGUUCCUGCUGCUCCUCCCUCAUGGCCCCCACGCCCCCCGGCUGGCCAGAGCUGGCCUCGUGUACCCAGUCGGAGACCCUGUGGAGCUUCAGGGCCCAUGGCCCUUUCCCAUCAUUGAGGGCCGAGCCCCGACUCACAUGGUGUUGCUUGAGCCGAAGUCUGCCUUUGCCCACAGAGCAGAAAGAAAAGGCCGCUUCUGUGUACUUGGCACUGCACUUCCUUGGUGGCAGCCCCCAGGACAAGGGUCCAGACACCCAGCCCGUGAGCAGGGCGGUGGUGGGAGGACGGAUGAAGACGGGCCUGGGAGAAGGAGGGCAGGUCCAGACGUCAAAGCCCUCCUGCCCAGUGGCCUCAGGGAUGGUGUCCCAGGAGCGGGUGUCUGAGCCCGAAUGGAAGAAAGGACUGCCAUGGAGGAAGGCGAAGAUGUUUCGGGGGAGUGGCAAACAGAAGCUGAGCAUCCGUUCCAGAAGGUACAAAGGGACCUUCUUACAGAGCCGCGUUCAGCUCAGAGGGAGCAGACCUCGCAGACCACUCAGGGUGCUGAGAAAAGACCGCCACCUCCCCCCACUCGAGGGGCUGGGCCCACGCGGGACCCGCAGGCAGCCUCCUUCAGAAAUGGCAGGUCUGAAUCUGCAAGAGGAGCCAUCUCGUGCCUCUUCAGAAUCUCCUGUUGGUUGUGGGCACAGAGAGAAGGAGGAGGAGGAUGGCUCCAGACAAACCUCGGGAAGCUUCCCUCCCAGCACAAGUUCAGGGGCUGGCAGCGGAAUAGACCAAGUAACCAUGAAGGCGGUUUCUCCAGCUGCCGGUGGGCACGGUGACCGCUGCCCUCAGAACACUGCUGCCGGGUCAGGCCUGUCUGAGCACUCCGACUCCUGCGGGGCUGUGGCUGUGGCUGUGGCUGAUGACAGCCUUCCGUCUCGAGGCAGACGUCUCAGCCCAGGAUUGCUGGAGACCCAGCCGCUGCCCUCCCAGGAGCAAGGCUCAGUAGAUCCGACACCAUACAUUUUCUCAGAAGCUCAGGAGCCUUCUGCCUUUGAGUCCAAAGACACUUCUCCCCGCCGGGAUGUUGCCCCUUCUGUGGCUGUCCUUUGUGCUCCUCGGGAGACAGCAGGCCACACAACCCUGGGAAUUCACAGUGCAGAGCCACAAGACCACAGACCUGCAGGGGAGGCUCUGACACAAAGCUCCCCAGACAGAAAAGCUAGAGCAGAGGGCAGGUCACCACCAGUCCUGCCAGGGAGACCUUCGUCCGGGCAAAGAAUUUCAGGUUUGGUUUUAUGGGGGUCAACUGGAAAAACUCAUCUUGAAAUUCCAGCAUCAGGACCAGGCUCAGCUGGUUCAUACCAAGAGGAAGGGGAACACAAGACAUUUUUUCCUACUGGGGGACACUACGGGGGUGGGGAGAUGGUAGUCCCCUACCCUCCUUUAGGAAAUGACAGUAGGAAAUGUCGAGGCUCUGGAUUAACUGCUCUGAAGGAUCGUGUGGUUCCUUCUAACCCCGGGCAGCCCAGAGAGUCCCCUGAAGCCCCUUCAAAAACUGUCAAGAGGAGGGGUCUGGAAGGACUGAGAAAGCAGACUCGAGUGGAGGUCAGUGACACCAGCAGUGACGAUGAAGACCGCUUAGUGAUAGAGAUGUGAAGCUUCCGAUGCCUGUGGUCAGAGACCAAGCGCUGUCAGGCUGGUUGGACAGCAGAACUCUCUUUUACCAAGCACCUACAUCCGAGGAAAGCCAUCUGGGGAUCUUUCCAAGGCAUCCCCAGCCAACUCCAGCCCCCAAUCCCAGAAGCCCUUGCAGUAUACCAGGCGCCAGGCAGGGCAAAGGUAGCAACAGAGCCCAGUCUAAGAAUGCUUGGUGCACAAUGACUGCACUCGCCUCCCAGCCACGUCCUCUGCAUCAGCCCCCAUGGCCUCAUCCCAUAAGAUGGCAUUAACCAGGACAGCCACCACCGACAUACUUAUGUGCAAGGGAACCCAUAGAGUCAAGUUGACCAACUGCCUCCAUCAGUAAGCUGAGGGUUUGCUUCAAAGGUGGUAAGCACGUUUGGGUAAUUGGGGUAGCUUGUAGAGGAGAUGGGGUAUGAACGGGGCAUCAAGAUACAUCAGUUCACUCUGGAAACAAAAUCCAGAUUCAUUAAAAACUACAGUUUGGUUAGAAUAACUUGAGUCCUUAGUGGAAGUUGUAAAUAUACUUCAAAAUGCCUAUGAUCUAGUAAAAUGCUGAUUAUCUUUAAAUGUUACACCAGUGGUCAAUGCUUACGUAUGAUCCAAUGACACAAGCAUGUAGUGCUCUUGGGCCCAGUGCCUUUUCUGUUGAGACCUCUGAAACCCUCAGUUUUUUUAGCUCUUGCAAAGGAACGCUGUGUUAAAAGUUAAUAGAACAGUCUCUGUAAUGAGUCAUUUUUUGAGGGGGAAAAAUUCGCUUAUUUUUCUCUGAUUCUUUCUGUCAUAUUGUGCUCUGAGCAAUUUCAAUUAGAGGGUUACAUUUUAGUAAUCUCUACAGCUUAAAUUGAUGCCUGCUCAUCGUGACGGGAGCCUUUUAGAUUUCCUCCAGAAGCUUCAAGGAUACAAAACUAAUUGGAGUUUUGACGCUGUUUUACAUCUCAGUAAUUUUAUUUUGGGGGCUUGGUGUUACUUUGCUGUCAAAUUAAAUCAGCCUCUGUAUUGUGCAAGUCAGAACAGUACAGAUAAAAUUCCCCCGUAUUCCAAGCCAGUGCGCCCCUGUGCAGAAGAAAAUAGCUGAUCGACGUCAGCCAGCUCAGUGAGCGAAGCCUCAGAUUUACUGGGUUCUUCUCCUUCUCCUUAAAUGGGAGAGGAAAGACUUAGAGAUUUACACUGCUGCAUUUCAAUAAAAUUUUAUACUUGCUUUUGGUAUGAUUUUGUACAAUUUGAAAUUUAUAGCCAAGCUCUUUUGGCUUAGCUUUUGUUGUGAUGAUGCUCAUGUGACAUCUUGUACCUUCAGAAGCAGCAGCAAUGCACAGCAUCUCACACCCAUGAACACACUAAUGCAUCCUUGCCUGGGACUAAAGGUGGGCAAGUUUCAAGUAUCAUCAUGUGAGUUUUCCAAUUUUGGAGUUAUUCAUAGGAAACUUCAAUGCAAGACCUGCUUCCCCCGGUGACUUAGCAUAUAUGAGAUGCGCUCAUAAAUAUUCAAGUGAUUUCAAGCCCAGCCAAGUAAAACAUAAGAAGGGAGUAAAAGGAUGCUAGGUAUCCACUUUGUGUACUUUUUUUUUUUCAUUGUGUACCUUUUAAACCAAACAAAAGUGAUGUGGUGAUUAUCUACCUUUGAAUGACCCAUGCCCUUGUAAUGAGAGAGGAGGUCUAGGAAAGUGGCUGAGUCUUGGAGGGAGAUUGAAGGCCUGACUGUGUCCUUACUGAGCCGGGAAAUCUUGGGUAAGACACCUAUCCUCUGCACCUCAGUUUCUCCAGAUGAGAAUCAGAGUUGGACCAGAUGAGCUGGAUGCGUCUCCAGGCUCUAAUCCUUGUCAGGUGAGCUCCCUCUCCUUUACUUGUGGAGGUUUGGGGGCUCUGAGGUGGUCCCCAUGGGGAGGGACCUCCCACACAAGACAUUUCAGGGGGGACCAUGAAGAACUGAAGCAUCAACACCUUCAGCCAAGUAUUGCCAUGAAGAACGUGAGCUCAGAGACACUCCAUAUGAUUUUUUUCCUCGGAGUUGCAGAUUUGGGGUACAGUCAUCCAGUUUAUACACUUGGCUCAUAAUUCAAAAAUUGAAAGUGAAGCCAGAACACUGCCCUGUGAGGGGAAGACAUUGGCUGUGGGCUGGAUUGACUACUUUGGGGACACUGGUUAGGAGAAGAAAACUAUCUUCCAGAUACUUCUUCCCUGGUGUCUGCUAAGCUGUUAGCAGGAUCACUGAUCUAAAUCUGUAAGUCACAGCUCCAAAUAGCCCUGACCUCCAGAUGGUGGUGGGAGCUCUAUCCUUUUAAGAGCCACCAUUGCUGGCUGCCACAUCCCAUCCUGGAUCCAAUAUGGUGGAACAUUGAUUCUAUCUCUUUGACUCCCUGUGUCUCUCACCAAGGCGAUCAGGUUGCCAAGCCAUCCUGUCAGUUGGUCAUUUAGCAAUGGAUGGCAGUGUUUACAAGGGUACCUUACCUUAUAUCAGCAUGAAUUUGUAAAAAGCUGUAUUCCAAUGGAUUUUAAAAAAAUAUGUUGAGUGACUCUAGGGGAGUUGGCUAUUGGAAAUCAUCCUAAGGUAUAAUUUUUUUUUAUGAGGAAUCCUUUUAUAAAGCAACAAAUACUCUCUGAUUUUAUAAAUCUUAAUUUUCCAGUGGGGCUUCUUAAAGAGAAAUGCAGUCCUAGGGCUACAUUUAUCAGCAUUCUAGAACCCAAUUUGGGUUAUUGAAAAUAAAAUUUCAAUAUUAUCAAUUGAAAAUUGCUACAGUUUUUACUCUUCAGGUGCGCACUGUGUCAUGGUUAAGGGAAAACAAAUUCAUUUCAGAACAAGGCAAACUACAGUUUAUAGAUCAGGGACUCCUCCCUCUCCCUAGGGCUGUAAAUUUUAUUGUACCUUCAGGUAAGGGUCUUAACCAAUGGUGCUCAGCCUCUUCCGCUCCAAGGACGCUGGCAUAGACUAAAGUCAAGUGCACUUUGAAUUCUUUGCUGUUCUGUCAGGGCAAGGUUUGCAAGUGCCCUGGCCCGUAACACUCAAGGCUCACCACCUGGUUUAUCUCUCCAGCUGUACCUACACCUGGCCAGACAUCUCUUGUUAAAGAUGCGUGGAGGAAAGAGGUUUCACCUUCCCCCUUGGCAAUCUGUACUGUUAAAUGACUUUUGAAGUCACACGGUGUUUAACAGACAACCUGGAUCCUCUUUGUUGUAAGGCAUGAUGAAGGACAACUCAUCCCUUCUGUUAUGUAUAACCUUGGAGAUUCUGGAUGAAGCGACUAUCCCUUUGAUUCACAACCCGAGAGAGCCUAUGGUUCAUUUGCCGAGAGAUUAAAAAAAGAUGGGUGAAGGUGCCUCUGGAUUCUAAUCAAACCCUGCCAAUAGCAUGAUGGGUAACUGAGGGCAAGUUACACUUUCUCUUCCUAAAAUCCCUCUUCUAAGGCUCAGAUGGGAAGGGUAGCCUUGCAAGAAUGCAUUGUGACCACAGUUCUUGGCAUGAAAGAUGAACGAGUUGCAGCCUUAUGCCAAAAAGUAUUUUCUUGCAUUUACAUUCAUUACUUAGAAUGAUCACAUUAUUCAUUUUUUCCCUAGCAUAGAAAUUUGCAUUUUGCACAAAAUUUGCCUGGUGCAGCAGAUUUUUAUAGUUAUGGAAACUGUCAUCAUUAUUGGAAUGUGCUGCUGCUCAACUCCCCAGACAUAAUUUAAUAUGGUGAGAAAAUGGUCUGCCUGACUCCAUGGCGAUCAGAUUUCUACAACUGCCGCAAACAGAACUCGUGUGUUUUUCCUCACUUCGGUUGUGAUUUCCAGUUCUCUUUGGCCUUUGAAACACUACAUUUCUUGAUAUUUAAGCACAAUUUUAUGUCUUUAUCUUUCAGAACUCAGUAAAUAUAGGUGUCAGGACCCAGAAAAUUUUGUGUGCUAGAUUUGCACCUGUACAAUUUUCUUCACCCAUGCUUUGUUCUUAUGCGGGCACAUGUAUAAUUUGAUGUGAAGAAGUCUAGGAACAUUUGAGCAUAUAGCUUCACCAUUGGAAGAAAAGGAGCCAGGAAAAAUAGUCUGUCUCUCACUUGGAGCCCUAGAGGAUGACUCAACAUCUCUUAUAGGCAGUCAACUGUUCAGAACUUACUACUCUCUUGACUGUUCAUAAUCAGGAAAGCUAUUGGCCUCUCGGUUGUUUGUUGAAAUUUAUCUCCUUCUUUAUGUGGUUAAAUUAUUUUGUUUUGAUAAAAAUAAAAUUGAAAAGAAAAA